ACAUUAUUUCUCAAUGAUUCUAAGUCCAUGAUUGUAAUAUUUUUGGAAACUCGGGUUUAUUGCUGAAAAAGUGAAUUUAAUUAUAUUAAAGCUAAUGGAAACAGGAAUGGCCUUUAGUGAAGUUUGUAGAAUUUGCUUAUGCGUUAAUGUACGCAUGUUUGUACUAAAGAAGAUUAGUCUUCGAAUUUUGUACAAAACAUUGACGAACAGUUUUAAGGAUGAGGAUGAGGAGCCCAUAAUUGUCUGUUUCACCUGUCAUGCAAGACUCAUUCGUUGCUUAACAUUACAACAACAGGCUAUUGAGUCAAAUGCAAUUCUGGAGCAGUUACUUGCAGGAGGGUCCAUGUCAAUACCAAAUCAUCAUGAGGCUAGAGAUAAGAUUCAAUUCACACCAAUUAGUCAUAUAGAUAUCAGGCCAGUAGAGUGUGAUCUAGAUAAUGAUUGUCAGAACGAAAUGUUUAUCGUUGUAUCUGUUAAAGUUGAAGAAGUUGAAGAAAAUGAGAAUUCCAAAUUUGAAGAAAAUGGGAAUCAUGAAAUAGAGAGUGCUGAAAAACAAGAAGAUUUGGAGAUUGAUGCUUUUGAAGAUAGACAUACGGAUUUGGAUGACGACUUGCCGCUAAUUGCAUUUGGUUCAAAGAGUAAAAAAGAUGACUAUGACAUAGAAUUUUCUGAGAAGAAGAUUAAAUCAAAUUCUACUGAUUGUAAGAUAAACGAUGUUCGUGAAGAAGACCUCGAUUUUGAAGGCCCUACUAUUAAAUCAAACCCUAAAGUGAAAAAAGAUAAUCAACCAAUUAAUAAAAAAGGAAAGCAUCCUGCAAAGAUUAUGAAAACGAAAAUUUUGAAACAAAAGAGUGUAAAUAUGCUUAAGAAAAAAACAUCUGGGACAUCAACUAAAUACAUUUUUGAAUGUGAUGGUUGUAGUAAAAAAUUUUCAACAAAAGAAAUUCUCGCCAAACACAUUUCAUACAGUCAUAAGACACAAAAGAACUCUGACACCACUGCAGUUCGGACACAAGUAGAACAAGCUCCAGUACCACAACAAACAGAAAUAUUUAAUUGUGAUAUUUGUGAAUUUAAAACAUCUCAAAAACGUUCCAUGUUGGCACAUCUUAAAGCGCACGUCGCUAAACAAAUGUACUGUUGUAAUAAUUGUGAAUAUAAAUGUAUUAGAAAAAGUAAGUUGCAAACACAUAUGAAAAUACACACCGGAGAGAAACCUUUUUCGUGUAAUAUAUGUGAUUAUAGAUGUAUUGCAAAGAUACAAUUGCAAACACAUAGGAAAAGACAUCAUCAUUCAUCAUCAUUACAGCCCUUCACAAGUCCACUGCUGAACAUAGGCCUCCCCCAAAGAAUACCACAAAGCACGGUCCUGAGCCACCUGCAUCCAUCGACUUCCUGCAUGUCUUACCAGGUCGUCACUCCAUCUCGUGGGGGGACGCCCUACACUUCGCCUACCGGUACGAGGCCGCCACUCGAGAACCUUUCUUCCCCAUCGGUUGUUGGUUCUUCGAGCUAUAUGGCGGGCCCAUUGCCACUUCAGCUUACUAAUCCGUUGGGCUAUGUCGGUUACUCUGGUUCUACUGCGGAUAUCCUCAUUCCUAAGUUUAUCACGCAGAGAAACUCCGAGCAUAGCCCUCUCCAUAGCUCGCUGAGCAACCUUGAGCUUUCUCAUACGGCCAGCAGUGAAGGACCAUGUAGGAAAAGACAUACCGGUGAAAAACCGUUUAAGUGUAAUAUCUGUGAUUUUAGAUUUAGUAUAAAAAGUAAUUUGCAAACACAUAUGAAAAUACAUACUGGAGAAAAACCUUUUUCGUGUAAUAUCUGUGUAUAUAGAUGUAAUACAAAAAGUCUUUUGCAAAGACAUUUAAAAACACACACUGGAGAAAAACCUUUUUCGUGUAAUAUCUGUGAAUAUAGAUGUAUUACAAAAAGUCAUUUGCAAAGACAUUUAAAAACACACACUGGAGAAAAACCUUUUUCGUGUAAUAUCUGUGUAUAUAGAUGUAUUACAAAAAAUCUUUUGCAAAGACAUUUAAAAACACACACUGGAGAAAAACCUUUUUCGUGUAAUAUCUGUGAAUAUAGAUGUAUUACAAAAAGUCAUUUGCAAAGACAUUUAAAAACACACACUGGAGAAAAACCUUUUUCGUGUAAUAUCUGUGAAUAUAGAUGUAUUAGAAAAAGUAGUUUGCGAGAACAUAUGAAAAUACACCCUGGCGCAAAACCAUUUUCGUGAGCUAUCUGGUCAAAUAUGUACAAUAUUGUGUAAACGUGUUUUAUAUAAAUAUGUGUGUACCAGACAAAAUCCAUUUUUUGUGAAUUUGUGAUGUAAUUAUAUAACGAGUAGAUAAACCUUUCCGUGCCUUAUGUGCCAAUUGAAACUGCAUUUAUUCUGAAGAAGUUAAUUCAAUACCUAAUUUAAAAUUUUGUACAACCAAAUUCAAUAUAAAUCAUUAAUAAUAAUUCAAAAACUAUUGGUCAAACUUUGAUUAAAUUUAUAUGAGACCGCAUGUGAAGCACCAGCUUUCAAAUAAAAAAAGAAUUAUCGAAAUCUUAUCAUACAGAAAAAGUUAAGAGGUAAUAAACAUAUAAAAGAACAUACAGUCGAGUUGAUUACCUCCCCAUUUUUGAAGUCGGUAGAAAGCAAAAAAUAUUGGAACCUUAAAAUAAAUACCGAAUGUGUGAAUGGAGGUUAGUGAAACAGACGGGACCUUAAAGUCUUUGUAGAAAGAAAGCCUGAAUCUAGAGAAACUUAAAUGAUUUUCGUAUUUUUCUUUAUAAAGAUCAUAAAUGAUAGACAAGUUCAAAUUUGGAGCCAAAUAUAUUGCUGAUGUACUAUCUCUGCAAUAAUGAGAAGAAUACUUAGGCAAACUCUAUAAAUUGCUUUAUUUGCAGCAAUUGUUCGCCAUCAAUUGCGUUUCUGCCCCCAGAUUUAACACCCCUUUUGUCACUAAUAGAAGCUUGCUCUCUAAAUUUGUUAAGAGCCACAUCGAUUCUUGAUUGACUAAUGCCAAGUGUAAACAAAAAAGCUUUUUUACAGACGAGUAUUACAUUAUUUGUAUUUCCUACUAAAAGCUCGCUUGGAAUUUACGGAAUAGCUUCUUUUCUUGUUGACUUCAAUAACACCACCUUGUAAAAUCGCGCACCUUGCUUCAUAAGAACCAGAACUCCAAAAUUUUUCAAAUUCUUUUAUACGCUGAUGAAUAGACAAUUUUUCUGUACAUUUCAAAGGACAUCUACAAUCUCUGCUAUUAAAUUCCUUCGCACAAAUUUUUUUCCUUUCGCACUGAAGUAAUCCUGAUUGGUAUUCGCUUUUUUCUUUCUUAUGCUGCUGUUCUGGUCUAUAUAUUUCCUCUUGCGUCCUUUUCUAGGUCUACCAUUGUAUUUUGAUGAUGGCUCACCUGAAUCAGUCGUUUGUUCCGGGUAUAUAAUCAGGGUCUUCAAUGUUUCUAUGAUUCUGAUCAACGGAAUUUAAAAUAUUGAUAGUGGCUUGUACACGUCUUACAUCAAUAGUAGGAUGAGGUUCGUUUUCUUCAACAGGAGUAGAAAUAUUCUCAUGCGAAUGCUUCUUUUUAUCAAAUGUAUUUGAAUUAUUACUGUCAUUUCCAUUAGUUAAUGUUGUCUCCAUUGCUUGGCAUUCACCGUCGUCACUAGCGUUGGAACCACUUCCUCUAUUAAAAUGAGUAACUAUCUCCGUUUGUUGGUCCUUACUAUUAUUUAGUUCAUCAUUUACAAAAUUCAAUUUAUUUUCUUCAAUUGUCGGAAAUAGAAAAUUAAUCAUUACAUCAUUAGGCUCUGGUACAAUAUUUAUAUCUGAAUGAUCGAGUAACUCAAUUAUUGGUGAAAUACUUUCCAUUGAAAUAUUAUCUGGCAAUGUAUAAGUAAACAGACCAUCGCAUCUGGAGUUUUGUAAUUCUAUAGAGUAAUCUAAAUCUCGAUCAGUUCUAACAUUAGGUACAGCAAUAUCUUGACGUUUAUUUGUGUUGGCAUGUUCAGUAUUUUUAUUCAAAUCUUUUGUAUUGGAGUUCGCAAGAUUGACUAAUAAUUGAGCCCUUGAUUUUGGCAGUGACAUCGUUCUACAAAAAAAAUAAGGAUAAGGUUAGUAGUAGACGUCUGUCUAUGAAAAUAACACCCAAACAAGUCGAUAUAACUCGUGCAUUUUUUUUAGAUAGAAAGAUAGCGAUUUUUCCAAUAAAAUGUCAGGGUACUUAAAAUACAAAUUAUGUCUCGUAACAUUAACAGUAACAUUUUAAGCACCGUAAACUGCACUAUAAGUUUUACUCAAAAGUCCUUAGCUGUUUAGCAAUAAUGUGUUUUGUUUCAUAGUACGAUACACAGUAUAGUUUUGUAUUUAGCAAUAAUCAAUCAAGUGGAUUAUCAUAAAUAUUUGUUACAAAAGUUACAAUAAAUCAAUCUUAAAGGACCAAAUAACAUUAUUUUAGUAUAAGAAAAAGCUUUACCUUUGAAAUGUAACUAUACAAUUAUUUAAUUUAUUCGUUUCCUAAUUUAUAUCGGCAACCUAACCUUUUAAGAAAUUACUUACGAAAAUCUUAAUGUAACAGAAUAAUUAUUGACUUACCUUGAUGAUGCCAGCGUGGAUCAUAUACAAUUCACCACAACAACGGUUUAUUAAACUAAUCAAGUAAUUACAAUGGGAAUAUCAGUUAUUUUUUAAAUUUUUACAUGAACUUCUUUAUUUGGCACUGGCUGAAGAACUGAAUGACAUUUCGCAAAAAAAUCUGUAGUCACUAUAACAUCUUUAUAGUGACUACAGAUGGUGCUACUUUGAAUGUCGACUGUGUUAAGGAGCUUGACGGCGUAUUGGUAAAUGUUGUAUAUGUGAUUUCUCAUUUGUUUUAUGAUAUAAUUUAUUUUUUCCAUACUUAUUUGAUUUAAGUAACUUAAAACUCUUUUGUAUAAUGUUUAAUAGGUGACGCGUUAUCACAAUACAUCAAUAUCUCUGAAUUUGACUUUUUGUGGGUUGACACAUUAUUGCUUAUCAGCAUCCAAAUAUACAGUACUUACGUAAAUUCAACAGUGUAUAUGUGAAGUGAUUCUUAUCUGCCGACUUCCAAAAAGGAGACUGUACUCAAUUCGACUGUAUGUUUUUUUAUGUGUGUUACCUCAAUAGAAUAGAAUAGAAUAAUUUUAGAAUAGAAUAGAAUAGAAUAAUUUUUUAUUCAAUAUAGAUCACAUGUGUAAUUCUUAUUG